AGCACAGUGUGCACCAAAUGGCAACUGCCAUUAAGGGAAGAGCAGCGACGGGUGGCAGGACCUCAUUAAUGGUUAAGCAACUGUGAAAUGACAGAUGAAGGUUGUUCUGCUGUAACUUCAGCUCUGAAAUCAAACCCAUCACACCUGAGAGAACUGAACAUGAACUGGAAUAAACUAGGAGACUCUGGGGUGGAAAACCUCAGUGAUCUACUGAUGAACACACAAUUCAAGCUGGAGAAACUAGAUCUGUAUGAAUGCAGUAUUACAGAGGAACAGUGUCUCAUCCUGACUUCAGCUCUGAAAUCAAACCCAUCACACCUGAGAGAACUGAACCUGAGCUGGAAUAAACUAGGAGACUCUGAAGUGAAAAACCUCAGUGAUCUACUGAUGAACACACAAUGCAAGCUGGAGAAACUACAUCUGUAUGGAUGCAGUAUUACAGAGAAACAGUGUCUCAUCCUGACUUCAGCUCUGAAAUCAAACCCAUCACACCUGAGAGAACUGAACCUGAGCGGGAAUCAAAUAAAAAACACAGGAGUGAAUCACUUAUGUGACGUACUGAAGGAUUCACACUGUAAACUGGAGAGAUUGAGUCUUUAUGACUGUGGAAUUACAGAUGUUUCUUCUUUAACUGUCUUUGACAAACACAAAAGCACUGCAGUUUCUAAAAGAGCUUCAUCUGAGUAACAAUAUGAUUGGAGGCUCAAAGCAGCAGCUCAUUGAUCUGCUACGAGACUCAAACAGUGA